UCAUUCUCGAAGAGUUGCUUCAGUCAACCACGCGCUACCUAUCCAGUCGGGCGUCAACUUCAAUCAGAACACUUUUCAGUGCACAAGACUGACGUGCUCCAACGUCACGCCUCGGCUUUGCUCAAACUCUACCUUCUUCAGCUCCAGUUACCCACCAUGAGAAUACGACUUCCCUUUGCAGGCGCAUUCGUGUUGCUAUUAUUUAUCGCCGCCUACGCCGGCUUGACAACGGUUCAGCUCGGCCAAUAUGUCAACGACAAAGUGCUCCAUUUUUUCACUCUAUUCCUCCUCACGACCGUUUUCUACUGGGUUGUCGACACCAGCCGCCGGCGUACCUUGAACAUGACUCUGGUCGUAUGCACUCUCGUGCUCGGCGUCGGCUCCGAAUUUGUACAGGGCUUCCUUGACAAUGGCCGGGAAUUCGACUUGUAUGGUAUUGUUGCAAAUAUCUUUGGAAGCUUUGCUGGUCUUGGUCUCUGCACCUGGUACCAUAAGCGCAUGCUCGAGCGAAAGAGACAACGCAGACGGUACACUGCCGUCCCAGGCGAGGACCAGGGUGAUGUCGAGCUUGGGGAGGGCCACGAGACUGGCGUCGUCGAGGCCCCUAGCCGGUCUCGAACUUUGGAGGAGGAGGUUGACAACUGGGAUGAGAACCAGAUUGAUGAUGACUGGGGUGAGGAGGAGAGCCCCGAGGCCCACACUGCCGCCCAAGGUGGUGAUAAAAGCGCUGAAACUGGCGACUUAGGAGAAGGGAAGAAGCGGACGGACUAA